AGCAAAGAACGUUUGCUGCGCAAAUCAAACUCUUCCGGCUUCUUUUCAUCACUGAAAAUAUGCGCGAUUUCCUAACAAACGGUGAAUUUAGUGAAGAAAAAAGACGCCGGAAACGGAAGGGCGUUCAACAGCAGCAACAUCAACGUCAAGCAGCUAAUAUGAGGGAACGAAAACGAAUGCAAAGUAUAAACGAAGCAUUCGAAGGUCUCAGGGCCAGGAUUCCUACUUUACCUUAUGAAAAAAGAUUGUCAAAGGUUGAUACGUUACGUUUGGCCAUUGGAUACAUUUCCUUCUUAUCCGAACUUAUACAAUCUGAUGAAACUUCCCCUGAAGCUGUUAGAGUUGCCGAGCAGCCAAGGAAGGUUAUAAUCCACUGUCAUUCAGUACCCGACUCGGAUCAGCAACACUACGGUUAUCCUCCCCUUACCGGGCAUUCAUUAUCGUGGACAGACGAAAAGAAAUCUAGUUUGGGUCCGAAUAACACAAUGACUGCAAAAAUAUGGACACCUGAAGAUCCAAGAAUGAAGCCGGUAUCUACAGAGUGUUCAUCGCUUUUAAAUACAACUUUGGAUUUGUGAUUGAAAGGCGAAAAGCAGCAAAAACUGAAGAACAAACUAAGAAAUGACCAUAUCUCUUUAUAACCUCAUUUCGAAAUCUCUUUUAAAAACCGACUUCAACUAUUUUCUAGUCACGUUAUCUUAAUUAUAAUAUACAUUAACUGCCUUAAAUGAUAAACAAAGGAAUAAGUCAUGGUAUCUAUUUUUUAGAGGAGACUAUAUAUAAAUAUACAGUAUAUAUACAUAUAUCAUGUAUAUUUUAGAGUGGGCCUUAAUACUAUACACGUAUUUAAGAAUAUUGUAUUGAAUAAAUCGUGUUUGUAUAGGCAAACUUAAGC